AUGGACCAAGACUCCGUCGCAGCGCGCGCUGCCAAAACUCGGAAGCGACCCCAAUCCCAAGCUUCCACUGCCUCAAUCCACAGCGCCACGACUCAACAUAACAUGGACGGCUCUGGAUUUGCCGACAAUUCUGGCAUGUAUGCCGGUCAAUGGAUGCACAACGAGCACCCCCAUGCCAAGGAAAUGUCUGCUCAAAUGUCCCCCGAGGACAUGAUACUACAGGCUGCCACGCACAUGCAGUCCGCCAGCCAUGAAUUCGCCAUGGACGGCUCCAUGGCUGCACACAUGCAUCACAUGGCCUAUCAACACCAGCACCCCCACGGAAUGCCUCGACACCCUCUUCCUGCCGACCAAUUUGGCCCCAAUGCCAGCUUUACUGAAGGCGACAGCCACAUGCUCGAUCGAGACGAUGGUGACGAUGGCGACUCCAUGGCUCUUGCUGCUGGUGUGUCCAAGCCAGCCCGAUCGAGUGCCAAUAACGAGCUUGAGAUGCGGCAGCUCUUCAGCGCCAAUAGGCACCGUGGACUGCAAGAUGUUGCCUCCGAGCUGCAUGGCAAUGAGCGCGGCCCCAACUCAGAAAGAACCCGCCAGGUUUUCGCCAUGCUAUGGAUCAACUCAACCUGCACCAAAGGGAAGGGGUCCGUUCCUCGCGGCCGAGUCUAUGCAAAUUAUGCUUCGCGUUGCGCCACCGAGAGAAUCACGGUACUGAAUCCCGCCAGCUUCGGGAAGCUUGUCCGCGUUUUGUUUCCAGGGCUCAAGACUCGUCGUCUGGGAGUUCGUGGAGAGUCGAAGUACCACUAUGUCAACUUCGCUCUUGCCGAGGACCAGAUGGACCUGGUGGAGGCUCCCGAGCCACCUCGUGCCCUCUCUGAAGUCAAAAGCUUUUCCCAGAGCCAGAGCUCGGCACCGCAGCCUUCCAACAGCUCGAAACGCGCGAAUUCCUUCUCACAUCCUAUAGAGGAGUCGCGAAACAGGCGGGUCAUUACACAGGUUGCUGACCGGUCCCACAGUCUGUAUAACCAACCGGACCUUGCCAGCAUUGACAACAUUCAGUCUACUUCCACCAAGACACGCCUAGAACUCGAGUUUCCACCCAUUGAUCAGGAUGACUUUGAACAGUCUGAGCCCCUUGGUCUUCCUACUAUCGAGGCAUUUCUUCCCCAGGGCACUGAUCCUGACGCAGCCAAGUCUUUAUCUGCUCUGUACCGAUCUCACUGCACUUCCCUUGUUGAAUGCAUUCGAUACUGCAGAGAAAAGACGUUCUUCCAUCUCUAUACAUCCUUUCAAGGCACACUAACAAUGCCUGUACAAAGACUUUUUAGCCAUGAAGCGCUCGCUCCUUGGAUUGAGGGUUGCGACUAUGUUUUGUACCAGCGUAUGAUGCGUAUCAUCUCUGGCUUGACUCUGCAAGUCGUACCUAAACCGGUUCUCGAUACCCUAAGAAACAUUUCGGAAAGAAUUGUUCCGCACAUUCGCGAAUCAUUCCAAGGCCAACCGCAGCAUGUCACUGCUGCCAAGGAGGCACCUGCUGCUCUUUUCGCUGGUCUGAUUGACCGUGCUUUGCGAGUCAACUUGACGGCCCACGCUGCUGCCAAUAUGCUUUCCAACCCCGCCAACCGCGACCAGAUGUACGUGGAUUGGAUCACCAUGAUCCGCGCUCGAAAAGUGGCUGAAUGUGUACCUACCCGCGGAAUGGACGAUGUUGUCGACCUUUUGGUCAACGAAAUGCGCGACCUCUUGGAUCCUGUCAAUGUUCCAUGGGAAGUUGAAGUGCUAACUAUCUAUGGGGACGCAGCCAGCCGCAAUCCUCGGCAAGCAAACGAGGGUGGAGCUGCUUCUACGGGCCAGAAUGUUUUGGACAGAUGGGUCAACUUCUUGCGAUUACUGCCGUCAAGAUUUGCCUACGCAUCCCACGCCGAUAUUGUGUGGUGUGUAGAGCGUGUCGGCACUGCCGUGAUGCGUGAUUUGACACUAUCACAGGGCAAGAGCUUUGGGUCAUGGUGGGUGACAAAGACGUGGGUUGAUGAAAUGGUGUGUUUCAUUGCUGAGCAGGGAGGCUUCAUGAAGCAGAGGGCAUCCCCUAGCGUCAAUGUUACCCCAAACGUUGAGGCAGCUGGCAAGGAGGCCAGCUGCCAGAACUCUCGAUACAGAAAUGCUAGUGAGGAGCUGAACCUUUCACAAUCGCAGCCCGGCCGCGCGCCGUUUCCUCCACCUGUGAGCAACAACAGCAAGGCCAACAACGCUUCGUGUCAACAGCCAGCGGACAAUGACGCUCACGAUGAUAGCGGCAUUGGUAUCCGAACACCAGAAGAGGACUUUCCUAUGGACAAGUACACAUUUGCUGAAUCAGAAGCACCGGCUGUAAUGGGAGCGGGGGUGAUUGCAGCCUGA